AUGAUUCCCAUGAAGGACAGACUCCUCUUGAAACCUCGGCUCAGUGUCUUCAGUGCAUUGGUCCUUCUAAUGCACUCUGGUGGAGGUCAGUCUCAGGUGAUCAGUACAUCUCAGCCAAUAGUGGCAAAGGUUGGUGAUGACAUAACUUUGCCAUGCCACCUGGAAACUGCUGUGGAUGCUACUGACCUGACUGUGGAGUGGGCGAGACUUGACCUAGAGCCCAGAUUUGUCUAUUUGAGACGAGACGGCAUGGAGCUUCAGCUUGAGGAGCAUCCAUUGUACAUGGGGAGAACAUCACUGUCCACCAACAAACUAAAGUGUGGAGACAUUUCACUUAAACUCUCCAAAGUAAAACUCUCUGAUGCAGGAACCUACAAAUGCCUUGUUCCAAAAUCUGGUACAGAACAUGUUGUCGAGCUUACUGUAGGUUCUGUCUCCUCACCUGAGAUAAAGAUAUCCAAAGUCAGCAAUGGAGUUGUUCUACAGUGUGAGUCUAAAGGCUGGUAUCCAGAGCCUGAGGUGUUGUGGCUGGACGGUGAGGGAAACCUCCUCUCUGCUGGACCUUCAGAGACAGUCAGAGGUCCUGAUGAUCUCUAUACUGUCAGCAGCAGAGUGACUGUGGAUAAGAGACACAGCAACAGCUUCACCUGUAGAGUCCAGCAGAAGGACACCAACCAGACCAGAGAAACAACUAUCCAUCUUCCAGAAACCACAAACGGCAGCACAGAACGUCAGCAUCUGAUGGAGGGAGAUAAAAUGUUUCAGUUGGACAUGAAAGAGGAAAAACAUGAGUUAAAGAAUGAGUGCGAUUUGAAACAUGUACAACAGAUGAUUGAAAUAUUUAUGAACCAGAAGAAAGAUCUGGAGAACCAGAGAGAGAAACUCAACUCACUACUGCAUGAGGACAGGACACAGAUAGAGGAGAACAACAAGAAGCUGAAGAAGAUCCCCAAAUUAGACCCAGAUAAAAAAAUGGAAAAGCGUGUUAGACAGUAA